UCCCAGCACUCGAGGUCGUGAAGCAUUUCCGGGUAACUCAAGCUUCUCCGCGCCUUUUCGCUUUAUGGAAUAUUUGAUAUACCCAAAAAACCCGACAGAUAAAAUCCUAGCAUUAUAAUGUUUAGUGUUAACUGCAUCUGUUUAAGUUUAACCCCAUUAAACUAGCACUGAAACAUGCUGCUGCCGUCUGAUGUAGCGAGGCUUGUGCUUGGAUACCUGCAGCAGGAAGGACUGAGUGCUACAAGUCGAGCAUUUAUCCUGGAGAGCCCUAACUUGAGGGAGUAUGCUGAACACAGUACUGAGGAUGGAAUUAUUCCUGCCUGCGUGUUUUCUCUCUUUGGAAAGAACCUGACCACGAUUCUAAACGAGUAUGUCGCUGCGAAGGCGAAAGAAACGUGUCAGGAGAAUCAAAUACCAGCUGUAAUGACCUCGUUGUGGAAGAAACUGGACUUCACGCUCAACCAGAUCAAAUCUAUGCAAAACUCUCCUGCUGUUCAACAAAUCCAGCGGCUUCGCACCCAUAACAGCAUUCAGAACAUGCGCCGUCAGAGGGUCUUGUCCUCACCACAGACUCCUGCCCCUAUGUGCAUAUCAGUGUCUACUCCAGGAAACUGUGUCCCUAGGCCUAUCCCAACUCCUCAGUGCAUCCUGGGACACUCCACCCCCGUGUGCUACACCUCCCAGCAGACAAGACCCUCCAACAUCAGCCUCUCUCAGUCAGAAGAGGCACCUUUAGAAAUAAUGGUACCUGACCAUAGAUUUACCCCCGGACCAUCCGGACCAUUAUCUCCAGCUCGCAGAAAAUGCGAUUCUCCAAGACGAAGAGGAGGUCAGUUUGGGAUUAGCAGAGGCGUUACGGUGACCAGCAUGCUCACGGUAGAAUCACAGAGCCAGGAGGUUGUGACAGAGAAUUUAUCUCAAAUGGUGAUUGAGAAUGCCAGAGAAAAGAUUCUGAAUGACAGAUCUUUACAAGAAAAACUUGCAGAAAAUAUCAACAAAAUCCUGGCCAGCGAUAACAGCCCACAGAUAUCAAAGGCAGCGUGCAACACGGUCACAGAACAAGAACAGUCCAUAGAUGAAAUUCUAGGCCUACAGGGAGAAAUUCAUAUGACUGAUGAUGCCAUCCAGGACAUCCUAGUACAGACUGAGUCAGAUCCUGCUUUUCAGGCUCUCUUUGACCUCUUUGAUUACGGAAAAAAUAAAAUGGCUGAGGGUUGUGAGACUGCUGAUAGAAGUAACAGUGCUCAGGAGAGUGAUGAGCUGGAUCAUAUAGACAGUGCUACAGACACAGGGACUGGACAGGAAGAUUCUACAUCAGGUGGAGAAACCACCACAAGAAUACUAAGGAGUAAGAAUGUAAAAGAGGCAAAAAGUAAAAGGAAGCCAUCCCCUCCUCUUAGUACAAGCAAGUCAGUUCCAGAAGUUUCUCCGUCAUGUGCAGUUACUAAACAAACAGCAGCUCCAAAAGAAAUCGCACAAAACAAAAGAGGCUCCAGCAGAAGCAAAGGCAUAGUUAGCAGGAAGCAGACCAGAGGCACAAGCUCUUCCUUGAAAGGGCAGUUGAUUAACAAAGCACAGACUAAAUCCUCUUCUGAUCCAAGUGUAUCAAGCUCAUCUCUAUCUGAAGAGGGAGCAAGCAUGGAGGUGGAUGAGCCAACCUCUGAUAUGUCUCAGGAAUGCAGUACUGAAGAGUCACUACAACAAGUGCUUCAAGAGAUCUCUCAGGAUUCAACAAACAAUAAAAAAGCUUCAGUGUCCAUUGAGCAAGCAGAACCCUCUCCCAAAGCAGGAGCAGAAUGUGACGUGGAGAAGGCAGGAAGGACACAGCUGGUUGCAAACGAAUGUGAAGCUUUAGGCCAGGAUGUCAGUCAGCAGCCAGAAACAAAUAAGCCUUUACUCAACACAGCAAUGCAGGAACAGGUGUCAAGAUCAGAUACAACCGAGACCGGCAGUCCAGCUCCCAGUUUCUUUGAGCCAUUACCUCCUGUUGUAUCUGGGUCUACAUCUACCAUUUCCUCCUCCGCAGUUAUCAAUCCUUCCCAGUCUGAAACUGCUGAGUCUGACCCUAAUAAAAUAGUAGCUCUUAAGAUCAUCAUCAGUGAUGAGCCUGAGCAACAGGGCAAUGACUCUGCUCUAAACCAAGCUGUUUCCAGCAUCAGCGGUGAUGGCAUCCCUACAAUCUUCCUCUCUCCCCCAGCCAAAUCUCUAUCUAAGUUACUGCCCUCUACCCCUGGAACCAUAAUCACUCCAGAGGAAACUGCACAGGCAGUGAGCAGCUUGCAGGGAGCAGAGACUGCAGGAGACCCAGUCAUAUGUGCACAGAACAAUUUGCAGGUUGCACAGGUACGACCUAUGGCUCCAGAGACUGGUUUCAUUCAGCUGUUACCUGCUAACCCAACCUUCAGAGGACCAAGCAGCUUUUUUGUUGUGACUGAUCCAAAUUCAGGCAUGGACCAGCAUUCCAGUAUGAUGCUGCUUCCAGGUGGUGCAGGAGAAGGAGCAGUAUGUUCUACCCCACACAUUGUGGCUACACCACCUCGAGCUCAGGCUUUGGUUUCCUUUACACCAAAUGUAGCUCAACCCUUCUCACCUGCAUCAACCAUCAUAAUUUCUUCACCGGUUCAACCCAUGAUACAGAAUAUGGCAGUGCCAAUGUCUGUUAUAGGACCGAACAGUACAGGAAAAUUCACUGUAGUACCCAGUCAGAUGUUGGCUUUGCCUAGUACGAAAUUGGUGAACCAAACAGCAAAGGUUGUGUCAAAACCUAAAUUAUUGCCUAAGGAGAAUGUAGAACUGGGCAAUACUGGAACAUCUGUUGGUGGGUCCAGUGAAGUCUCGGACAGCUCUCAGGGCUCAGGGCAACUAAACAGCAGUUCUGGAGCAAGCCCUAGUCAUCGGAGAAUACUUUGCUUUGAUGAAAACACUAGCCAGACAAGUCAAAAUGCAACUACAUCUUCCCCUGUUAUGAAGGAGUCCACAAGGACAGAGAGAAUCCUCCCUAGCAUUUUAGGCAACGCUAAUACCAAGAGAAGGGUCGAGACCAUAAGAUUACCAGAGCCAAGUCAGAGUACAGGAACAAAGGUACCUGAAAAGGCUGCUGAACAUCAGCAACAAAAAGAGGCUACAAAAAUCACACGAAUAGAACCAGGAACCGAUCAGACUGUCAUUUCUUGCACAUCCUUAAACAAUGCUGUUCAGCAAAAUUCAUCUGAUCUAUUGGAGUCCAAAACAACUGAAGGUGAUUUAUCUUCAUUUUCGAAUGCUGAGCACAGUUUCGAGCCGUCUUCUCAGAACCCCAAACCCAAGUCUGCCAGCGUUACAAAAAACACUUCACAAGAAGAAAAAUGUGAACAAAUAACUUUGAAAACACCUGAGAGGCUCUCUGAGAGCAACAUCACACAGGACCUGCCCAACGUUGCUGCAAACAAAGAGAAUGAAUUAAAAGGUGGACCGCAAGAGCUGCAUCUAGGAGUUAACCCAAUAUUGUCUACAGUAAGAUCUGCUACACCUGUGUCUCAGGGAGGUUCGUUGAAGCCAACAAGCAAAACAAGCCCACUUACCAAGCAAGCAGUGGAGAUGCUACAGGACAUCCAGAGCCAGAGCCCCAUAUCCACGCCACCCCGGAGAAGAGGCACCACAGACAUGCCGCUUCCAAAAACACCUGUCCCAGGUUGUCUCCAGACGGACUUGCUGGAUGGUUUGAGGACACCUUUAAGGCAAAGACAUGGGCGUGAAGGAGAGGGCACACCCAAAAAUCUGGCUCCGCCUGCUACACCUGACCUUCCUACCUGCAGCCCAGCCAGUGAGGCAGGGAGCGAGAACAGCAUCAACAUGGCUGCUCAUACACUUAUGAUCCUUUCACGCGCAGCCAGGACAGGCGGGCCGUUAAAAGACAGCUUGCGACAGGAGGAGGCUGGUGCGGCUAAACAGAGUUCUUCCAAAGGAAAGAAGCGCAAGCACACUGAACCAAGCCCUACACCAAAGAAAGAAUUACACCUCACAAGUUCAUCUGGCAGUAAAAAGAAAGCUAAGAAGCAGAAGAAGCUUCUUGAUUCCUUCCCACAAGACCUAGAUGUUGACAAGUUCCUGUCAUCGUUGCAUUAUGAUGAAUGAGGACAAAUUCCAGAAUAAAUGCUGAUGGGACAAUGAGAGAGACAACACAGAGAGUACAUAAGAACAACACUCCCAUUUCUCAUGCUUCAUAUAAUAGUUUUGUAUAGUUGUAUGUGUAAUGCUUACUGUCCUGGGGAGAGUUAUUAUGGAAAAAAGAUUUAUGAUGUAACCAUACAUUGCUGAAGUUCCUGUCAGUAUAAUACACAAGAUAAUUUAAAUCCAUUACUGCAGUUUAGUGCCAGUUGUGCAACAUUCUACAGUAGUUUAAAUGUACAUGAUAGUUUUGUUGAAAGAAAUUCUUAAAAACAGCACCUGUUUUUAAGUUCUUUUGAAAUGUCUACAUUUCUAAACUAAAUAGAAUUGCUACUAAAUAAGGGAAACCUCAGUAACAUUUGGCAGCAGCUCAGUGUAUAAAAGCAGGCAGACUAGGUGUGAGCUUCAGUUAUGGUUCUUAUCACAUAUCAGAAUGUGAAAAGUUCUGUUGUCAUUGACUUUAAACCUGGCAGUGAUGAUGUUGGCAGACAGACUGGUUUAAGUUUUUUCACAAACUGUUGAUCUUCAUGGAUUUUGAUACAAUAGUCUCUAGAUUUACACAGAAUAAUAGGAAAAACAAAAAUGGCCUGUGGGAUGCAGCACCUUGUGAGAGCUCAAAGGAUUGGCCAGGCUGGUUCAAGAUGGCUUUGCCUUGAUGUGUAAAAGUUACACUCCAAGCAGCUGAGAUUAGAAAUCAGAUGCAGCUGUCUAGAGUGGGCACAGACUCACAGAAACUGGACUGUUAAAGUAAAAAAAAAAAAAAGCUUGGUCUGAAGAAACUUGACAUGUAGAUGGUAUGACAAUUUAGCUUCAGCAGUUCAGGCUGCUGGUGGUGGGGUGGUGUAACAGUGUGGGGAAUGUUAUAGCCAAACAUUACCCAUCUUAUAAGGGCUACUUUAGCAUGCUAUCUAACAAAUCACAAGUCUUCUGAAACUGGUCCAUUAACACAAUGAGUUCAGAGUAUUCAAAUGGCCUCCCCAGUCCAGAGAGCUGGAUCCACUGGAGCUCCUUUGUGCUGUGGCCAAAUGGGAGGUUUGCAACAGUUUAUAUGAUGAAGUCAUGUCAACAUGGAGCUAAAAGAAAUGAUGCAACACAUUGUGACAUCCACACCAUGUCUUUGUUCUAAUUCAAGCGGUUGGUGAAGAAACUACUGUGAUAGAAGUGUUUUACUUAUGAUGAAUGGUCUUGUUGUAAAAUAUAUAAAGUGGAAUGAUUUCUACAGCAUGAGAAGGGUACUUGCAGUGCUGUAAUAAAAUCAUUGAUGCAGUUUAUUUUAAGAAGCUUCAAGGAAAUGAUGUUUCUGUACAGCUAAAAAUAAACCACAUGCAGACAACUUUUGACCUACCUCCUCUUAAAAUCUGUGGUGCACCUCACACUUCUGUGGUUUAACACAGGAUCAAGGGGCAAACUGUCACCGACAACCAUGCCAAUGAAAUCACAUAUUCUUACUAAUCUGAUGUUUUAUGUCAACUUUAAAUAAAGCGCUUGAACUGUU